AUGAAGUAUCGCCUUCUUGUCCUUCUAUUAUCAAUUUCCUUCAGUGUAUCCGCUGUCCGCGUCCAUCUCGAGAAUUUCGUCAGUCGCCGCCGUCUCCUACCGCGAAACUUGCAAAUCCCCACUUGCCUUGAAGCAAUCCCAAACUCGUUCACACUCCUCCUCCCGCCUCAAGACCAAAUGGUAAUGGAGGACAACAACGAGCGCCCACAGGGCAAAGGCAAAGAUCCUGAUGAAAAAGUGCAAUCACACUUAUACAUCUCCGACAUCCUCUCGAAGACUCGAGAAGUCAACAUCUUCUCCUCUCUCACCAGGGAUAUCGAGGCCGUCUCCACUCGUUUCAAUAAUGGGACGGAGAAUAGUAUUGUGCUAGCUCCGUUGAAUUCUGCAAUCCAUGGAUUGCCCCGCAAACCUUGGGAGGAUCCAGCAGAUUAUCGAGACUUUGGCGAAGCAGCGUAUACGUCAAAGGAAGGGGAAGCGAGAGCGGAAAAGAAUCUAAAGCAUUUCGUUGAAGCACACAUUGUACCAAUGUGCCCGUGGCCGUCCCAGGAGACAGUUCAGACUGUCGGUGGUUGCGCGAUUUAUUGGAAAAAGGAAGAUGAUGGGAAAGUUUAUAUUUAUCCUGAUAAAAUCGAGGUUAUGAAGAUUAUGACUCAGGCGUCUAACGGGGAAGUAUGGAUUCUCAAUCGAGUCAUAAAUUAUCUCUGA